AUGGGUGCUUCAGGAAAAUGGUUCAAGUCAUUUCUUUCUCAUAAAAAAAUCUCAUCUUCAACCACAACAACCGAUCAAGAGAAGAAGAUUAAUGGUGAUAACAAGAGUGUUACUAGUAAGAAGAAAUGGAAGCUAUGGAAGUCAUCUUCAGAAGGAUCUUCUUCAAGCAUGAAGAAGGGUGGUUGUAGCACUUCGCUUACUGCUGCUGCGGUUGCUGUGGUGGUUCGAGCUCAACCUAAGGAUUUUAACCUCAUCAGGCAGGAAUGGGCGGCUAUUCGAAUUCAGGCUCUUUUUCGAGCUUUCUUGGCUAGAAGAGCUUUGAGGGCAUUGAGGGCAGUGGUGAGGCUGCAAGCUAUAUUUAGAGGCAGGCAAGUGCGAAAACAAGCCGCGGUUACUCUAAGGUGCAUGCAGGCUCUUGUUAGAGUUCAAGCUCGGGUAAGGGCUAGGAAUGUUAGGAAAUCUCCAGAAGGCAAAGCAGUUCAGCAGUUGUUAGACGAACAUCGCAACCAAGCCGAUUCUGUUAAAUUUGUAGAGCAAGGAUGGUGUGAAAUUCCUGGUACUGCAGAUGAAGUUAAAGCAAAGCUAAGGCUGAGGCAAGAAGGAGCUAUCAAGAGGGAUAGAGCAAUGGCGUACUCUCUAUCGGCGCAGUCAAGAAUGAGUGCUAGUCCAAACUCAAAAUCAAUGACUCCUCUCAAGCAUCAUCACAACCGUGACAACAAGAGCCUAGGAAACGGUUUAUUAGAACGCUGGAUGGCAAACAAGCCAUGGGAGAGUCCAAUGUCAAUCAGGAAGAGUGAAGAAAUUGUUCCUACUUUUCAAACAAGAAGAAAUGGUAUGACAACUAGGAUUUCAGCUCUCAAAAUCUGUCAGCAAACUCCAUCAUCUUCCACCAUAAGCUCCGAAUACAUGAAUGACGAUAGCGUUAUAUCAUCUUCAUGUACAUCUGGAUCUCCAUCUAUUAUGCCAUUCAGCAAUAAUACUGUUAAAGUGGAAGUAACAGAAGAAAAACAUGUACCAAGCUACAUGAGUUUGACAGAAUCAACUAAGGCUAAACUCAAAGCUUACAGGAGUUCUUCGCAGAAUUCUAAGAGAAUCACAAUGGACGAUUGUCUGUCUCAUAACACAAAUUCAACCUUUCUGAAUGGAUAUAAUAGUAUAAGCAGUUCUGGUUCCGACCCUUCAGUUAAUAUAUGGAAGGAUCGUUGUGCAACACCUCUACGAGCAAGUUAUUAUCAAAAACGAUACGGCAGGAGAUAG